GAUAUCAUUGAAUUUCUAUUUCAGUGUUAUGCUUGUAUGCUCAGAUUGCUUAUUUUCUUGGUCACAGGCACCUAAAGUAUGACUCGAUUAUUAUGGAAAACAGUGUUUCUCGUUCUGGCUGUAACUAUCAAAGACACAUUUUCACAAAGGAUCAUCGGGGGUCAAGAGGUCGUGCCUUACUCAAUUAAAUACCAAGCAUCACUUCAGUAUGAUAGGAAGCAUUACUGUGGUGGUACCCUCAUUGAUCCACAAUGGGUGAUAUCUGCUGCCCACUGCUGGCGACCGGCCAGUGUGAUUCAGGUAGUGUUGAGUGAACACAACCUUUCUAAAGAAGAGGGAGUUGAACAAGUGCUUAAUGUAUCCAAAAUCUACAGUCAUUUCGCCUACAACCCAAAAACAUUUAACAAUGAUAUAUUACUCAUUAAGCUCAGUGUUCCAGCACAGCUUAACGCUUACGUUCAGCCGGCUCCAUUACCGGAUACAGACACACCUGAGCCGUCCGGAGGGACCAGCUGUACUGUGAGUGGAUGGGGAGUGACGCGUCUCUACAGUGCCUUUCUGUCACCGGUUCUGCGUGCAGUGGAUGUGGAGAUCAUCUAUUUAUGCUUUUACUACUAUAACUAUAGAGUCAAUGACAACAUGCUUUGUGCUGGCUCUCGCUUCGGUGGAAAAGACUCAUGCCAGGGUGAUUCGGGUGGGCCACUGAUCUGUGAUGGGAAUUUAGAAGGCAUCGUGUCAUGGGGAAUAAGCUGUGCCCAACCAUUUUAUCCUGGUGUCUACACAAAAGUGAGAAACUACAACCGCUGGAUCGACUGGAUCAUGAACGCUGACAACUAAAAUACACCGUCGUCAAAAUGUGGGAAGUGUUGCCAUUAAAUCAGAAUUAGGGAAAAACUCUGAUCUCAUUAUUGCAUCCAUAAUCUCAAAAUAAUAAUGUGCGCACAAACUUUUGUUUAAACUUGUUUUAUUUUCAAAUAAAAUACAUUUGUUCAAGCCCAUUUUCAU